AUGUCACAAAAUCCACCGGUGGUUUUCAAAAAUGCGCGGGAAUUUCUCGAUUUUGAAUCUUCCAGCUCAGCUGCGCUGUCGUCAGGUUGUCCACUGCUGGAUGAUCUGCUGGGUGGCGGGUUUUUUCCCGGGACCAUAACUGAAAUCUCUGGCGAAGCAGGAUGCGGCAAGUCGCAAAUAUGUAUGCAAUUCGCCGCUGUUUCGAUUGCCAAUGGUCACAAUGUGGUGUGCGUGGAAACAGAACGUGGUUUUUCUGUGAAAAGGACUCAUCAG